GGACUGUCCCGUGAGAGAUGCUUUGCUUCACACUGCACAGCGGGACAGAAGGACAUGAGGAGCACAAGACCCACAGCUUAAGAUGAGCUUCACCUUGAGAAGAAGUCAGUCACUCAAGAGUCUCUCUUCGGGGCACAGUUCAUGGAUUUGGGAAAGAAAAACGCCUGUUUCUCAGCUUGUCCAAAGGUAUGAAAGCUGUGUGGAUCUCACCGAUGCUGGCAGAGAAGACUCCUGGUCCAAGCCAUCAGGCCUGAGAAGAUCAAACCAUGAGGAGAGUAAAGUGGAAAACCUCUGGAGGAGAUACGAGUCCCUCAGCGGGCCCAAUGCCGUUUUAUCCAGGAGCAUCUCGAUGGACAUGCUGCCGCCGCCAGACCUGAUGAGUACAAACACACCAGCGGGCAUGUUUGAGUCAAAGAGCAGCCCUCGUCCCCAGCUCACAGCGCAGGACAAAAACAGCUCCACGUGGAGGCAGAAGAGCUAUUCUGGUGCCACUCCGGUCACCAGCGCCAGUAAGCACAAGGCUCAUCAGGAAAAAUCCUCAGAGCCGAUGAGGAGGAGGACGGUCAGUGGGGUUUCUGGAUACAUCAGCAGAUGCAGAUCCUCCACUGAACUCAAUGAUGAGAAGAGACAUUUUAAGAAAGACUGGAGAGAACCUGCAUCCUAUCCGGAAUACAAACAGAAGUACACAUCUUCUCCCAUCACCAGUGUGAAAGACAGAUCUGCCCUUUACCUCUCAAAGGUCGCAGCUGCAGACUCUUCAGUAUCCAUCGAGCAGCAAGGCAGUGUGGUCCACGAGCGCUUCAACUCAAGCGGAAAGACGAAAAAACAAAGCAAGAUGGCAGAAGUAGCCAAACAGACAAAAGCUACAGAAGCAGCCAGUGGAGAUGAUGAUUUCCCUCCACCUCCACCUCCUCUUCCAAGACCUCAGGUUCUGGAGUCACUUCAAAAAGAUCUAAGCCAGAACUUCCUCCCUGUACCACCUCCAAAAGAAACCUUCUCAGAGAUCUACCAACACCGACAAAAAAGUGAACUGAAGCGCCUUUUUAAACACAUCCACCCUGAACUCAAGAUGACUGUUGAUGACGUUGUCGAUGAUGAACUAAUAGAUGUAAUAAAUCCCCAAGCAGCAGACGCAGCAUAUCAGGGAGAAGUCCAAUCCAUGCGCUGGAUCUUUGAGAACUGGACUCUUGACAAUAUUGGAGACCCACAUGAAACUAAAAAACUACUCUGUAAGGAAAACCCUCAAGGUGGGGACGUGAAGGGCAAAUCAUCUUUGUUUGAGCAUUCAACAUUUGACUGUCAGCACGGAGCAGGUGCCGAGAGAGGAGGUGUAGUCAGAGGAGAUGUUCGCACAGCUACCUGGUUGUUUGAGACACAGCCUCUAGAUUCAAUCAGCAAGUCAAAGACAGAGGAUGAGGAAAUAGUGGAGGUCGUCUUGAAGGAACCUGUUCAGAAGGGAGAUGUGAGUGGCGCACGUCGACUGUUUGAAACCAAACCACUAGAUGCUUUAGGUCGCUGCUGCUCUGUUGAAGACCAACAUUUCCUAACACUCAAAUCAGAACUCCAGGAGAACAAAGGAGAUGUGAAGAAAACAGUCAAACUUUUUCAAGCAGAUCCCUGUUGUGCGCUUAGGGAUAGCAACGGUAAAAUCCAUGAAAUCAAAUCAAUCUGUAGAGAAGAAAUCCAGAGCAGUGACUUUAAAACUGCACGUUGGCUUUUUGAAACUCAACCCUUAGAUCACAUUCAUGAAGGAGCUCAUGUUCAGAUAAUUCGCGGGAUAUCUCUUGAAGAAGCCCAGAAAGGUGGUGUUGAUAAGAAAAAGUGGAUGUUUGAGACCCAGCCGCUUGAUGCGAUUCAUGAAGGUGUUGUGGAAGAGCAAAAGUUUCAAGGAACAGCAGUGGAGGAUUUGUCUGGAGCAGCAGAUGUUCAUAACAAACUACAGCUGUUUGAAAACAAGCCCCUGUCAUCCCUUAAAGGAGAUUCUGAGUGUGACGUUGCAGAGAAGGAGGCAAUUGUUGGAGGAAAUGUUGGAUCCACCCUAUGGCUUUUUGAGACUCAGCCCAUGGACACUCUGAAAGAUAGCUACGAGGUGGGACGUCUCCAGGAAGUUAUUGUAUCAAGUGAUGAAAAAGGAGAAGUUCAAGACAAAAAGCUGCAGUUUGAGAAGUCCAGUGCUGGUAAAACAGCAGGUGACAGUGGAAACAAAGUUCAAAAUUAUGAGAAAGGAGAUGUGAAAACUUUCAAAAGCCUUUUUGAGACGUUACCUCUUAAUGUUUCUGAGAAAGCACAAAGUCAAAGUGAUGAUAUUACAUCUGGAGAUGUCAAAGGCCACUGCUCACUGUUCGAAACAACACCACUGUACGCAAUUAAAGACUGUGCUGGAAAUUUCCACGAGGUCACCACUGUGAGGAGAGAAGAAUGCAUUAAAGGCAAUGUACAGAAUUACAAAUGGAUGUUUGAGACGAGACCCUUAGACCAAUUUGAAGAAGGUAGCGGAAAAGUAGAGCUCAUCAAGGGCAUUACAAGGCAAGAAGACAUGACAGAUGACAUGAGGACAGCCAAAUGGAUGUUUGAAACACAGCCUUUGGAUUGCAAAAGUUUAAAUAGUAAGUCAGAUGCAGACUCGACACAGAAAGAAUUUAAAAAGAGUAAUGUGAAAACAUGCAAAUGGCUGUUUGAGACACAACCAAUGGACAUGUUGUAUGAAAAAUCAGAAGGGAAGCAGGAUAUAGAACCAGUACCGAAAGCUGAUGUGAAGUCACACACUUGGCUUUUUGAAACACAACCACUGGAUAACAUUAAUGACAAUGAAAACCUCGCUUUGAAAUUGUGCAGCAGUUUGCAGAAAGACGUAAAGAGUGAUGUGAACGUGAAAACAGUGAAACACCUAUUUGAAACUGAGCCUUUAGACAGAAUCACAGAUCAAGCCGAUUCUGACCAAAACGUAAGGUGUGUCAGCCAGGUGGAUAUGCAGUCUGGAGAUGUUUCACGUGUCAAGGAAAUCUUUGAGUCUAAAUCACUAGGAACUGAGUUUUCCAAAUGGUCUGAGGAGCAGAAAAAUGAAAUUCAGUCAGGAUCUGUCCACAAAUUCACUUGGUUGUUUGAGAAUCAGCCUAUCGGUGACAUUAAUGAGAAGGAGGAGAGAAUAGUGUCAUGCGAUGUUGAGGGUGGGGAUGUUGGAGGCAAGAAGUUUAUUUUUGAAACCCUCUCUCUGGAUAAGAUUAAAGACAAAGAUGAACUACUUGAGCAUCAGUCAAUGAGUAUAGAGAAGCCUCUGAGCAGUAGUGUUAAUGUGAAAUCCAACACCAUGCUUUUUGAAUCCCAGCCAUUGUAUGCCAUAAGAGACAAGGACGGGCAGUUUCAUGAAGUUACCACCGUAAAGAAGGAGGAAGUCAUGAGAGGAGAUGUCAGGGGUGCAAGAUGGAUGUUUGAAACCAAGCCACUGGAUACUAUUCAAGCAGACAAGGAAAUCUUUGUCAUCCGUGCAGUUACACAGGAGGAUGUACACAAGGGAGAUGUGAAAUCUGCACGCUGGAAGUUUGAGACUCAGCCCCUUGACUCCUUUACACCUCACGAAGGGCCCUCUGUGCGUGUUGUUGAUGAUAUAGGCAAUGAAAAAAGUGUGCAACAAAGCAGGCAGCUUUUUGAGACAGAGCAAAUAUCUCAAAAGAAGUUUGUGCGAAUGGUGAGCGUUACAGAUGUUCAACAAGGUGAUGUACGUACCUCAACCUGGCUCUUUGAGAAUCAACCUAUUGAUACUCUAAAAGGUGAACCAGAUGAGCAGAACAACUUGACAGCUGUAUCUAGAGAAGAUAACACUAAGGGAGAUGUGAAACGCUGCACUUGGUUAUUUGAAUCACAGUCCUUAGAUAAAAUAAAGGAGAAUAACCCUACUGAAGAGUUGGUUUCAUCAAAGGAAGAAAUACCCAAAGCUGAUGUCAAAAGUACAACCUGGUUAUUUGAGACCACACCACUGGACAAAAUCACUGUUGAGAGUGUGACAGACAUACUUUACAGGCUUUGUCAUAAUUCCUUCAUCCAUUCCAGUGGAAUCAUCAUCCAAGCAAAUGAUUACAAGUAUGUAAAUAUGGCAAAAUAUCAGAUUGUGAAGGAUGAGGGGCCCAGCGUUCAAAAGGAAGAAGUUGUUGAAGGAAACAUCAGGAAUCUAAUGCUACAGUUACUGUUCAAACCCAAUAUUAAACCUAAGGUUGUCCUCCUUAAAGAAGACGAACAAGGCAAGAUGCACAGUACAGUACUUGAAAUCCCAUUUCAACAGCCAGGAUCUGCAACCAACCCUGAGGCAGAGCGCAGGACCCAAGAAGCAGUUAAAAUUAUUGAGAACUUGCUGGUUCAGCAAAAAGAAAUCAAAACAGGUUUGGUGAUGCAAGAAUCUGAAGGUGGGCAGCCAGAGAUGACAGUAUAUUCCCUUCACUGUGAAAGCAGCUUAACUGAGUCGCAAACCAUCACACGAGGAGACAUCAAGUCCACCAUUGGCAACCUCCUUGCAACAGUCCACAGCCAGCAAACUAAGCAGUCUUGCAGAAUGGAAGAAAUCGAGAGGGGGAAUGUUAAUUUGUAUAAAAGCUGCAUCGAAAAAGGCGACCUUAAGAGUUUACAACGAGAACUUUCUGAAGAAGAACUGGCCACCUCUUGUAGAGACCAAAUUGAAAUUGUUCAAGGUGAUGUAAAAGAAGCGAUGCGACACUUAAGUCAACAAAGGGAACAAGUUGAACGAACAAUCUUGGAUGUUGUACCAGGAGAUGUGAAAAAUGUCAAAAAGGUUUUCUCUGAUGUCUGCACAGACCUGAGCAUUGGGAACUAUGUGCCAAGAGAGGAGAUAGUCAGAGGUGACAUUUUGUCAGCCAAACAUCAGCUUGGUGAGGCAGUUAAACAGCAAGUCAUGGUGCAGAAGGAGGAAAUUGUUUCUGGGGACAUUAAGGCAACACUUGAAUCCUUGGAGCGAGCUAAACAACAAAGCAUGCAGGUGGAGCGUGAAGUCAUAAAACCAGGCACCAUUUAUGAUCUGAAUGUAGAAGCAGAAGAAAUAUGCUCAGAAGAAAAUGAAAGCAAAUUAGUUAAGGAGGAAAUCAUUCCAGGGGAUAUUAAGGCUGCCAAAAGAUCCCUUGAGAGGGCAAAGAAUCAAAGCAUGAAAGUAGAACGAGAACCAAUCACACCUGGAAAGCUAUAUAAUCUGAAUGAAACAUCUCAGUGCCAAAGCAGCACAGAGGUGGAGCACUCUACAACAUCCACCUUCAGUAACCAGCGGAUUACUACAACAUUUCGAAAGGUUAGUGACAUGGAAAAGGAUCAGGAAUCUAUAAAAAUAGUGUGUUGUCUGAAUGAAGAGGGAGGGGGAGGAAAAAUUAUAGAUAUUAACACAGAAGAGGCCUCAAGAAUGGUAGAUAACAGGUCUGAUAAUUCAGAGUCAGUGCCAGAUGUUGUUAAAGGCGAUGUAAAGGCUACUAUUCAAUCUUUAAGAAGUGCAGCAACAGAGCAGAGAAGUGUAGACAGAGAAGAGAUUGUUAGGGGUAAUAUGCAAGAGACACUCCAGUCUCUCGAAAAGUCUAGCAUUAAUAUUUCUAGAGGGGAUUACAAAGCAGCAAUGUUAUAUAGGCAAUCUGGACAGCCUUACAUGCAAAGCAAAUUUACUAAUGACUCAGGGACUAAAGAAUGCAAGCAUAGUUUUGAUAAUUUUCCUUCAUCUCACACCCAAUUGUCUUCUUCGGUUUCAGUGACCAGAAGUGAGCAUCCAACCAGCGUGGCACUGAAUUCAGAAUCUGUUAGCUUCGACGCAGAUAAUUCAAAGAUCUCUAGUGCUUUUACGGGAAAAGAUGAAUACCCACCACCCAUCCCUCCAAAAACUGGUCAUCAGGUUAAAGAUCAGAAACCAGUAAUUCCACCGAAGCCACUGCACAUUACCACUAGCUCCCCACCACUAUUUGCAGAAACAUCAAAUAUGUGUCUAAACUCAACUGUGAGCAUUAAGGAUACACAACAGACUCCAGCAAUACCAUUGAAAAUGACUCCUAGCAAUAAAAUGUUUACACAUAAAAAAGAAAUAGCAAAAACUUCAAACAAAAUUAAAGACAAGGAAUGCAAAAUUCAUGAACAAGUUCAAAGAACAAACUUCACUGAUCCUACAGAUUUUCAGAAGAUGCAGUACACUGAGCAAUGGGUCCAGAAUUCCCACAUGCAAAUUGCAGACACUCCAUCAGUCAACAAAACACAGUCUUUUGAAAAUGGUUCCUUUCCUGGCGAUACAAUUGGAAUGGAGAAAAAUGUGAUUCAGAGAAUAAAUGCUGCAGACGAGAUCAGGAUGUGUUAUUCAAAGGAUAAUGAUGAACUAAACAAGGGGUUUAAGGCUGUACUUCAGAAUUUUGGAGAAAAGAAGACAACUACUGACACAAUAUCACCUUUUCCGAAGAAAAUUAAAGUUGUGCAAAAAGAAAACAUCCAGGAGCAGGCUAAAACCUCCAAUAAAGAUGAGAUAUGCUUCACCAGCAGAGACACCUCUUCAACACCUGACAAACAUGAAGUUCCUUCAAAGCACAAUGAUUCUGAAAACAAGGUAGUUUUGAGAGAAAAGAAAGCAAAGAGGGAGACAGAAGAUGAGCGCCGACAGAGACUUUCCAUCCACAGAGAUGAGAUCAUGAGGGGCAACGUAAAAGCAGCUAUGGAGAUCUUCGAAAACCUUAUGAGACGAGAAGAACUGAAAGUCAUUUUGUCAAAGGUUCAAGAAAUAGAGGGGGAGACUUAUGAGGUGGAUGUCAGAUCUCUCAAGACUUUAUUUGAAAAUGUGCCUGCUUGGAUUACCAUUCCAAAAGAAAAUACCAAACGCAGACAUCGUCCGAGAGCUGCCAAAGAGACAGAGAGCUUAAGAGAUGAUCUAGAGAGCAUAUCCUCAGUUGAGGCUGCAUUUGAGGACCUAGAAAAAGCAAGUAUGGACAUUGUCAAUUUGAAGGAACAGACAUUAGCUAAACUCUUAGACAUUGAGGAGGCUAUCAAAAAGGCUCUGUACUCUGUCUCAAAUUUAAAAUCUGAAGCAGACAUCGCAGGGUUGUCAGGCCUGUUUAGUGAAUCACUAAAUCCUGACAAUGUCUCUCCGAGUACUAAAAACAUUAGAAAAAUUAGCAUUGUGUCCAGCAAAACAAAGCCUGCGCAAUCCAAUCAGAUGCAGAGUACUGAUAACAGGGCUCUGCCCAAAGUACCACAUGUACCUCAAGUUCAAAUGAGCAAGCAGUCCUCAAAUGUCCCCUCUUCACCUUCAUUUAUUUCCAUUCAUUCUGCCGCAAGAAAGCCAGCAGAGUCACCCACUGAUAAACCCAAAACAAAUGACCAACUUAAUGCAGGAAGCAGCUCUUCUCAGAAAAGCUCAGCCAGCCUUGUUUGCAGUCCUCCAAGUCCAAAAAGGAAAGUCAGUGUUCUUGAAGUACAGCGAGUUCCUGAGGUCCCAAGUGGAAUCUUUGGCACUAAAACUGUGAGUGAGAAAUAUGAGGAGAUUGACUGCUUUGGGAAUACUUACUACUCCUCCAAAAGAUCUACAUUUGUAACCAGGCAGUCCGAGACUGAAUUGUCUCCCUCAUAUGAUGUAGUCACCAGCCCUGGGAGGUAUGAAAGAAUGACUUCACCUGUUUUUCAAAGAUCUGGCGAGAGCUUCUCCUCAAAUUCUCUGAGUAAAGGAAAAGGCAGAACAGUGUUUGUUACUUUCGGUCAUCCCAACACUGAAAAGCAUUAACCUGGUAGCAUUGUUUUUGUAACUUUUUAGGAUGAUGUCUUGUUCAUUUCCAUAUCUUUAUUUAAAUAAAUAUUUUAAUUACUGAUCUUAAUUUUAAUGUGUGUACAAUUAAAACUAUAUCACGAUACCUUCAUUGGGAGCAUGUUUUUUUUUUACUGUUGCAUUUGUGUUAAUGUUAAAUAUUUAUGUUUGUUUCAAAAACUGUAUAUUAUCUAAAAUAAAAAAAACUUACUAA